UUUCAGCUGAGAACAUUUUCAAAUAGGCUUUUGUGAUUUGUACUAUUUGAUAUUAUUGCCAGUUGUGUUUUGUACGCCUUGCCACUCCUAUUACUUUGCCACAAGCAUCGCCAAGCACAACAGCAAGGGAAGAAGGGAAUUUUCAAUUAUGGCUGACGAGUUUGAUGGCUGCGAAUGCAUUUGGUCGCAUGAAUUGGCGAUGCAACGGCUUAUCAAUUUUAUACGUCAGAAUCAGAAUGCCUGCACAGAUACCGAGUGCAUAGAUGUUAGCGGACGCACCUUGCACCCGGGUCAGGCGAUUUCCGGACGUGAUUCUGGUAAUAGUUUCACCAUUGCCAUGGUGUUCAUGCUGUUGGCCAUGUUCAUGUAUAUCGUGAACCCAAGCACUUGGCGUCAAUUGACCAACGCUAAGCCAAGUCGCCGGGACAACAAUCCAGAUGGAGCGCCGCCGCCGCAGCCACCGGCCAUCAAUUAAGCGUGGAAAGCUGCAUAAACGAUGAGAGCUUGCAUUUUCAUUUUUCUUUCUGUUUAACCAAACUAUACACACACACGAUUACAUACAUAUAUAUAUGUGUGUGUGCAUAUAUAUACAAGGACAUACCCAGACACACACAGAGGCCUACUCAGCCAGCAUAUAUAACCCAUGUGUAUAUAUAUAUAUUUAUAUGUAUGUAUCUAUAGUGGAAGACAAAAAAUAAUAAUAAACUAAAUGCAAUGAAAUCAA